CUGAAUCUCUCACACUGUAGAGAGGCAGGAGGCGCCAUGAGGGCCUUUUAUGAUAUAUACAGAUGCACAAAUCCAGCUGCCUUGCAGUGUAUACAAUGCAUUAGUGUUGUCUGAUGAAUAAAUCUGGAAGGAUCCUUUGCAUGAUGAAGGAUAAUUAUGCAGCAGCAUGCAUGGCUGUCUUUGACACGUCUGCCAGGUGUAUGAAGGACUGGUAGCAGGCCAAAGAGAGACAGCCUUAUUCAGCUGAAAGCCUCUCUCUGCAGUCUCCCAGCUGCUGCUCCAGAGCUAGAGUGGAGAGUCCCCUCGCCCCCCUGCACAGACAGAGACAAAAGGCCUGAUUCGCCUGCUGAACACUGCCCCCUUUCUCUAUCCGUCCCUUCAUGCAUGGCCGUGGUGGUGGUAGUGGCUUCAGGAAAAAAGCAAGGCCUGGACUGGGACUAAAAUCUAGGAGUGACCAAGUGAAGGAAAGUGGGAAGAGGGGGAGGGGAGGAGGAGGAUGGGGACUGGAAGGGUUGGGGCUGAGUAAAGGCAGGUGCUGAGGCCUCUACAGGAAGAUUUUUAUUUUUUCCUGAAUAUCUUACAGAGUGGAAAAAAUCUGACAAGGAUUGUCUGUCCUGGGUGUAAUGCUGCUGCGGGCUGCAUGAAAGUUUGAAAACAACCAGUGUGUCUGGGGUGAAAGCACUGGGGGAGAAACAGACUUCUACUACCAUCAUGGUUACCUCAUUUUGAUUUUUCCUUUCAACGUGUUAUGUGUGUGAUUUUUCUCAUCUUCUUUCCUGUUGUGCUGUAUGUUUAACUGUGCUCACCCAAACAGCACCUUUUUGUGCAUUGUUGUAUUUUUCUGGUCUAAUUUUACAGCAGUGCAAGCAACCAGAGUAUAGUGAAUCUCAUUCAAAUAUGUCGCCACAUGUCUAUAAAAUACUGUGUUCUUGUUUCACUAAAUCUAUAAGAUGCAUGUAGUUUGGUGAAAGAUGUUGCAGUGUUUCCACCUGUGUGUUUCUGAGGCCGUAUUGCAGCACAGGGCUUUUUGUUGGGUGACCGGAACCAGAUGAAACCGGUUUGAGGGAGACCGAGGGCUGUCGGGAACAAUGCAGUCUCUGUGCUCGAAUGAGGGAUAGAGAUAGCCCAGACUACUCCACUGCAGCCCUUCACAGCUCUGCCACUGGCGACCAUGGUACAGGCAGAGACCCUGCUACUGCUGCUGCUCGCUGGAUGUCGGCGUGCUACGCAGCGCGGCUCAUAGCGAGGGGGGCAGGGAGAUUUGGGAAGGGAUGAGGGAAGGGGGGGGGGGUGGACGUGGCCGGCUGGGAGUUUGUGAAUCUGCAGCCAGGAGCUUCACAUACACACACUCAUGCAAGAGCAUGAUCUAUCCGUCUGUUCGCAUGUCUGUGUGCUGCAGAGAAUGACUAAGGAGGAUCCUUACACACCACCACUCACCAGAUCACUGGAUGUAACCUGACCCUGUAUUCUAGGCCUUUACAUGGCUGCGAAGAAGCAGGCUUUUUUUUCCCCCCUCCCGGCAGGGUGGGGUGGGUGGCUCUUUUUGUGGGUUAGUAGUGUUGUGACUGUGUUUGUUGCAGGAUGGAAGGAAGGAAGGAAAGAAGGUUUGGCUAGUGGCUGGAGAGGGACGGAGGCAAGAGGGUGAGGAGUGGCUGAUUCACUUGCAUGUUUCCACCAUUGUUGUUUUACAUUCACUUUACUGAGAUUGCAGUUUUACACAGGAUUUCAGGUGGUAAUGGAACAUGUAUUAAACUGCUGUUGUUGAGAGGUUCUGUGUUGUAUAUUUUUCAUAUUCGUCUGUAUUUAAUCUUCAUUUACUUUCUACGUCAGGCUGUCAUGGCUGUGACUAGCUGUUCUUUCCACCGGGCCUUUCUCUCUGCUGCAGCCUCGCACAGCUCAGCAGCCAUUUUUUUUUUCCCCUCACUGCAAUUCUUGCCUGCUCUUUCCCUCCAUAACAUUUCUCUCUGUCAUUUUGUUUAUGUUAGCCUCAUUAUUACAACUAUCCCGUCACCUGGAUUGAACUGAGAAUUGUUGCUUUUAGAAACCAAAGACAAGGCGACAAGAUACGGGUCUGUGUGUGUGUGUGCAGUUGUGUUUGAAUAAGGAAUUUGGAUCAAAGAGCAGCACUGGUUUAACAGCAUGUACAAGCAGAGCAGCUCCAUGGCUGUGCCUUUUGUCCCCCAACACCUACAACACAAAGAGAGACAGUACAUUUCAGUCCCAUCAUGUCUCUUUUGCAGUGCUCAAUAUAAAAAAAAUAAAGACAGGUUGUAACUCUUCAAAAACAAACCAAACAAAAACAUGAUCUAUGAACAUUGGUUGUUUUUUAUUAAUACAUUUGUUGUGUUUGUUCGAGUGAACAUCCUUACAUUUUCCAUUUCACCUUAUCAAAAGUCUUCACCUGUCAUCAUGUUCAUAUCUACACUUCAUAUUUCAGUAUUUGUUUAUGUUUUAUUCAACCACAAAACCAGCUGACUGCAAGUCCACUGAUAAGAAAAUAACUAAAAAUAUGCUAACGUUAGAUAUUGUAUUUAUCAUUUGGACCAAAUCAAUCAUCAUCCUGAUUAUAUAUCCGUAAAUAAAAAUUAAAAAGAGGAACUCUCUGAUGCCUGUCUUGCUCGUCAGCAGCUUUUCAAGAAAAGUCAAAUAGAUUACAUUAGCACACUGGAAUAUACUUCCAAAGCUGGAAAUCUGUAUUGUAUAACACUAUUAAUCAAAUAUGAAUUUGAGAACAUUUUAACUAAUAUAUAUUACCAUGAAACCUUCCUAGUUGAUUACUUACACUAAGACAAUUAAUCAUUUUAUAAAAAGUUUUCUAAAAUGUUAUGUUAUGCAAAUAGAAAAAAAAUGUUUUGCCUGGGGUGUCUCGCCUUAAGAAAUGUUUUAAGCAGCUGUUUCCAUUACAGUUAACAAUCUACACUGUUCGUAUUACUCACUCGAAUGUACAUCCACCUCUUUUCACCAUAUAACCCCAGAAAUUUGAAUAAACAUUUACUUUUGAAGAACUUUGUACGUCUGUUUCAUUUUCUUUACUGGGUAAUACAAGAUUAUUCAAAAUUUUCUCAUCUACAAGUCAGGAUUUUCUCCACAGCUUUACAUUGCUGUCCCAACUAAAUAUGAACAUGAUCAUAUUACAGUGGCCUUAGUCUUCCAAAUUUGGAGAGAAUUACAAUAAUUGCCCUGUAAAAUAUCAAUUUGUCAUUACUAAACAAAUUCUACUAUCAAUAUGAACCUGCCAUCAUCAUGAGAAAAGGCCUCAUUUGGGACCCAAGAUGGAUUUAGGAUGAUGUUAGUCAUGAUAGUCCUUCAAGACGUUUAUCGAGAAAAGUCAUGUCUACAAGAAUAUGAACAUUGUCAUUAUGGAAACUAUGAUCCAUGGAUAUUAUUGGCUGUUAUUUUACCUAAAACCAAAAUAUCAGCUUCACACACAAGACAUCUCACAACCUAAUGAGCAGAUUGCAGAUGAAAUAGACAUGGAACAUUCAACACCAGAUCACAACAGAUCAACUUACUGAUUAUUCUACCAUUUCCUCUGUGUUCCCCAGGUAAUCUCCUCAGAACACGAGCAGGACCAUGGGAGAUAUGAAGACACCAGACUUUGAUGACCUGCUGGCCGCCUUCGACAUCCCUGACAUGGUGGAUCCUAAAGCCGCUAUUGAAUCUGGCCCCCAUGAUGACCAUGACGGACAGCUCAAGCAUCCCAAUAGUGGGGUGACUAGUGGUGAAGACGAGUCCCACAACCCCUUAACAGGACUUGACGUUGGCGUUAGUGUCAUUGUCAAGAACAUCCGAAAUGCAGACACUAGGGAGCAUGGUGAAAACAUAUCAGAUAAGGAUGGGCAUUUCCAUCCCCAACCUCCUUCUGUUGACAUUGGCAAUGGUCUUCAUAAUAGCUUCUUGGCCGCAAUACAACAAGGUACUCAUUGCACCAAAAAUGGAUGGAAAGCUCCCAGGGAGGAAGGACAGUCAGUUAACAACCAUUCACCAACCUUCAAUCAAUUCAGCCCCAUCUCCAGUGCUGAAGAGUUUGAUGACGAUGAUAAAAUUGAGGUUGAUGACCCAAUGGACAAGCAGGGAGGCCAGUCAUCCUUUAUAUCCACUACUAAGACAGAGGACCAGAACCCUAAAUCUCCAGUAUCAUUAGACAAUGCUUCUAAGCCCACAACAAACAGGGACCAAAAACUUGAUCAAAACAAGAACAUCAGUUCCAAGUCUAACGAGCUCCCUCGAUCAAGUUUACCCGAGGGGGAACUAAAGAAAACUGUCCUCGGGACUCAAGAUCAGGAGUGCAGGGAAACUGGAGAGCCAACGGGGCUCGUUAAUGUGUCCAGUAUGUCUCAAGUCAAAGCCAAGUCCUCUGCAAAACUUUCAUCUUGUAUAGCAGCCAUAGCCGCCCUCAGUGCCAAAAAGGCUAGCGCUACAGAUUUGGGUGUUUUGGAUUCUCCUACAACACAGAAAGAAUCCACCCCUGCCAAUAAAAAUCCCAGAGCUCUAGAGAAACCACACGAGCAGGAGUCAGCCCUAGAGUUUGCAAAGAGGCUGCUAACAAGACAUCCAGACAGUCCCUCCAGUGUCAUCAGUGAGGGUAGCAGCAAAGAUUCCCCUGCCUCAAGCACAGACACCACUCCGGUCAUCCCAAAAGUCAGGAUCAAAACAAUCAAGACGUCAUCUGGCCAGAUCAAGCGUAUGGUCAGCAGAGUUGUAUUGGAGUUUGAUCCUAAACGUCUGAAAAGAAGAAAGAAUAGCGUUUCUGUCAUGGCAACCACCAGUGCAAAGUUCUCAUCUUCUACAAGGCCCCCUCUGCCAACCACAGUAUUAGCUACCACUGGAGGCCCUUCAAUUGAAAUAACCAAGCAAAUGACUAUCAAACCUGUGGCGACAGCUUUCCUGCCUGUCUCAGCAGUCAAGACAGCUGGUUCCCAAGUCAUCAACCUGAAGCUAUCCAACAAUACCACAGUUAAAGCAACAGUCAUCCCUGCUGCAUCAGUGCAAAGUGCCAGCAGUGCCAUCCUAAAAGCUGCUAAUGCCAUCAAGCAACAGACUGUCAUGGUACCUGCCUCCAGUCUGGCUAAUGCCAAACUUGUGCCAAAGACAGUUCAUCUACGUAACCUCAAUCUUCUGCCUCAGACUGUAUCCUCCGCUGUCUGUGAUCUCAAAAAGGCCCUGUCCUCCUCUAAACAACCACAGCAAAUCAGACAGCAUACAAUUAUCGCUGGCCGGGCCUCAAAGAAAGUCUCAAGGAUUCAAGUGUUCAACAGCUCUCAAAGCUCUGUAGUGGACGCCUUCAACAAAGUCCUGAGUAGCAUAAAUCCUGUCCCCGUGUACGUACCAAACCUCUCUCCGCCAACCUCAGCUUGUAUUUCUCUACCCUCACGUGGCUACAAGUGCCUGGAGUGUGGAGAUUCAUUUGCUCUUGAGAAGAGUCUGGCACAUCACUUCGAGCGUCGCAGUGUGCGGAUCGAGGUCACCUGCAACCACUGUGCUGAAAGUCUACUGUUCUACAACAAAUGCAGCCUCUUGUCUCAUGCCAGGGGCCACAAGGACAAAGGGGUUGUCAUGCAGUGCUCACAUCUAAUCCUAAAACCCAUCCCUGCAGAUCAGAUGAUAACAACAUCACCCUCAUCAGGCUCACCCAGCAUCACAGGUACCACCUCCACCUCCCAAGCACAAGCGACCACCCAAAUCCCAGGGAGAGUUGCUGGUUCAGGAUCCCAAAGUACAGUGAUUUCAGCUCCAUGCAGUGCUCCUCUUGUUGCAGCCAUGCCCUUGGAGGAUGAUGCAUCGAAGCUCUGCAGGCACAGCCUCAAGUGCUUGGAGUGUAACAAAAUGUUCCAGGAUGACAGCUCGCUAGCUAUGCACUACCAACAGGCACAAGAGUCCAGUGGGCAGAAAACAUGCACCAUCUGCCAAAUGCUUCUACCAAAUCAGUGCAGCUUUCUGUCACACCAGCGGAUCCACCAGCACAAGUCUCCUUAUAUCUGCCCCGAGUGUGGCGCCAGCUGCCGUUCUGUCCAUUUCCAAUCACAUGUCACAAAGAACUGCCUGCAUUACACCCGUAAAGUCGGCUACCGCUGUAUCCACUGUAGUGUGAUCUUUGCUGAUGGUGCAACUGUAAAAUCCCACAUCCAGAGUUCUCACUGUGAGAUCUUCUAUAAAUGUCCUCUCUGCCCCAUGGCCUUCAAGUCUGCACCUGGAACGCACUCUCAUGUGAAAACACAGCAUCCAGGAAUGAAGGCAGGAGAUCCCAAGUUGAUCUAUAAGUGUUCCAUGUGUGAUACCGUGUUCACUUUGCAGUCCCUGCUCCACUCGCAUUUUGAGCAGCAUAUCGUCAAUCAUAAAGUUUCAGUGUUCAAAUGCCCCGACUGCUCCAUGCACUACGCACAGAAACAGCUCAUGUUGGACCACAUCAAGGCCAUCCAUGGGACCCUGAAGACCAUCGAGGGUCCACCAAACUUGGGCAUCAACCUUCCACUCAGCACCAAGCCCACUAACUCCAAUAGUACCAACAGCCCCAGUAACAAUAACAACAAUAAAGACGGAGGAAAUGACAAAGGCCGAGCCAAGGGAGUAAAGAAGCCUUCACCUUCACCUCUAAAGAAAACAAACAGUAACUGCUCAGUUGACCUCAAGAACCCGCCCAGCGCAGGAUACACGUGUGGAGACUGCAGUAGUCUCUUCAGUUCCAGGGAGGUCUUUGUGGCUCACAUGAGGCACGAACAUGGCAAGAUACUGAAGAAACACCCAUGUCGGCAGUGCGAUAAGUCCUUCAGCUCCUCCCACAGUCUUUGCAGACACAACCGUCUCAAACACAAGGGACAGCGGAAGGUCUACACCAGCCCGCACUGUCCAGCUCUCAGUCAGCCGUUCACUAAAAGAGUGCUGCUGGAUCAGCACAUCCAUUUGAUGCAUGGAGUCAAAGACCCAGAUGGGAAAACUGUAAACUCUGAUUACACGGAGGCUCUACCUGACAAGGAGACGACCCUCAGCCCCAAAAGGAAGCAAGAAGAGGAUGAGGGGUCACCAGCCCUGAACUCCAGGGGCACCGACUCACAGCCGUUGAAGAGGCUCAAGGUGAACAUCCUUAAAGUUCACAAGUGUGCCGUCUGCGGCAUUACCACCGAGGACAUCGCAGCGUUCCAUGAGCACAUUCCCCAGCACAAGUCCGACGGCUCGUCACACCAGUGUCAGGAGUGCGGCCUGUGCUACACCUCCCACCGCUCGCUGGCCCGACACCUCUUCAUCGUCCAUCGGCUGAAGGAGCCGCAGGGUCUCGCCCGAUACAACGGAAGGGGCAAGGACGACGAUGAGAGUCAGCGAGAGAACCAGCUGGACGUUGCGGACGGGACGCCGAACACCAAAUGCAAAGUGUGCGGGAGGAUGUUUGAAACGGAGGGAAACCUGAAUACUCACAUGAGGACACACGGGAUGGCGUUCAUAAAGUCCAAGAGACUGAGGACGGCUGACAAGUGACACUUUUAAACCAUUGCAUCUAAAGCACUGUUGUUUUAAACGUAUGCAGAUUGUUAAAGCGUUGGAGAUAACCUUCAGUACAUUAUGCUGUAUAUAUUAUGUACAUGUAGGGUACUACAAUAUGUAUACAAUAUACAUACAUGAAGUCACUUCAUGCGUCUUUAAGUAAACUGAAUAGAUAGAUGUUUUCUAUAGGCUUUGAAUAGACCUUUUUUAUUUUAAAAAGUUUCCAUUGUUCUCAUAGGGCUAGAUAACGUAUGGAUAAUUGUUGUAAUGGGUUUAAUCCUCAUGCAGUCGGCAGUGUUCUGAAUGUUCUAGGCUGCUCGUUUCAAAACAGAUGUCUAAAAAAAAUACAUACAUAUAUAAAACUUUUGGCAGCUUCAGGGUUCCCCAGUUCAGCUGAAGUCUUCAGUUCCACUUAGAUUUGAGAAGAAGAUCAGCUUCAAACAUUCUUUGUGUUUCAAGGAAAACUAAUAUUUCUCUCUCUCCGAGCACUCCUCAACUUCUACAAUAAACUCUGGCUCUGAAACUUUUGAUCCUAAAUUGAAAUCACACAAAACAUCAGAAGACAUCAGACAGAGAUCACACUGUGUGAAAUUAUGAUAAUUUACAUAUUAACAUCAGAAACAAGAAGCUUUUAAAUAAACGCAUAUGGGCCAAAUUUCAAUAGGCUUUUAAAAGUAUAUUUUGUAAAAGAUUGUCUUACUUGUUUCAUUUCUGACUUAACAUAAUUAUGGCAGCUAUUUAUGAUUAUAGGUCUCAGAAAAAAAAGGUGCAUUUACCUGAAUAUCUAAAAAAAGCACUUGCUUGUCAUAACUAUGACAUUCCUGUCUUGUUAUUCAGUUCUUGCUUCUUUCGUUUUGAUGUUGAAUCAUACCGUGUGUUUAUUGACAGGAAUAACACUGAGAAGAACAUCUUAAAGAUAAAACAUGUCUGUGAAACUGAGUUAUGUAUACAAGACAACCAGUUAAAUCAAAUUAACAAUAACUGAAUGUUGUGAGAACCACAACAUUGUUUCCCAUCAAGUUUUUCUACUCUGACAAUGAAACUUAAACUGUCUGGCGCUGUAGAACUGCAUGUGAGAAGCAGUCUGUGAAUUGUUUGUUGAUUAGAAUGUAUCUUGCUGCUGCUGCUGCUGUUUUUAGACUUUUCUGAUGCUUGUGUACAAAGCUGUUCUCUAUGUCAAUAAAUGAUGAAACCUGC